UUUUGGGAGAGAGAGAGAGAGAGAAAGAGAGAGGGGGGGAGUAUGGCAACCACACUUGGCCUCCUGAGACUUCCUCUUCUUCCCCGUUUCCAUAAACCAAAAACCCUAACUCUCCGCAGCUCUCUCGAAUCAAACCCCUCACAGUCACGCAAAUGCGGAAUCUUGAAAAACCCGGAAGCACCCUCCAAUCUCGAGACCGUUCAUCUCCUGAAGUCGGCAUCUCUUCCUCUUGCGACCAUUGCGCUGCCCUUCUUCCUGGAUACAAAGGAUGCGGCUGCGGCGGGAGGGCAAUUCGGGAUAUUGGAAGGGAGAUCGUUUGCUCUGGUUCAUCCGAUUGUGAUGACCGGGUUGUUCUUGUACACGUUAUGGGCUGGUUACCUGGGCUGGCAGUGGAGGCGGGUUCGGACAAUCCAAAACGAGAUCAACGAACUCAAGAAACAGGUGAAGCCAACUCCUGUUUCGCCUGACGGCACUCCUGUCGAAUCUCCCGCUCCUUCACCCGUUGAACUCCAAAUCCAACGCCUCACAGAGGAGAGGAAAGAAUUGAUAAGAGGGUCGUACAGGGACAAGCACUUCGACGCAGGUUCCAUCUUGUUGAGUUUCGGAGUUUUCGAGGCUGUGUUCGGAGGACUCAACACUUGGUUUAGAACCGGCAAACUCUUCCCCGGUCCACAUUUAUUUGCUGGUGCAGGGAUAACGGUGCUGUGGGCAGCGGCGGCGGCUCUGGUGCCGGCCAUGCAGAAGGGGAACGAGACGGCCAGAAGUCUUCACAUUGCGUUGAACUUCGUCAACGUUGUCCUCUUCGUUUGGCAAAUCCCUACCGGCAUUGAUAUUGUCUUCAAGGUCUUCGAGUUCACUAAAUGGCCUUAGAAUAUGUAAGAGGCAAGUCUUCUGGUCACACGUGAACAUUUACAUUUUCUAUGUAUAUUAUUGCUUCUUUACAUAUUCUAGGAAAUUUGUUAAAAUUUUAUGUUCGUAUUUUGAAAUUGUACUACCAAAAACAGAGGGAAAUAUACUCUACUCUUCCAUCCAUUGUACCAACGGUUAUAUUGUAUUAUGAAUUUUUAUUUUUAUGUUA